UUUUACACGUCCGUGGAGCGAAGCGUGCUGGAGGUUUAUGGUAAUUGCGGUUCCCCGACUGGCCUUCUGGGUAGCGUCGGUGAGUGGGAGCGAAUUGCUCUCAGCUCUCAGUCGCCGCGGCACGCACGGAGGCAGCAGUUGGUGUCUUGAACGGCACAGAGAGACAGUGACGGAACUGGAGCCACGGGGAAAGGAAAUAAAGAGAGAAAAAACGCAUAACCUUUAAAAUAAAAUAAAAAUAGAACAUAUAAAUAAACAAUGAAAAUGUUAAGAUGGAUAUCAUACAUUUCGAAAUAAUUUCUAUAGGAAGUGUGUGUCCACGAGCUGUAUUUUGAAGCGGUGUGUGCGGUGACCCAACAUGGCGCUGCGAGGCAUAACCAGACUGAAUUAAUUCCUGGAGUCCGAGGACCGUCGCCACCUGUACCUUUGUACAAUACGAGAAGAUCUAACCUCGCUUUUGGACCAAGGAAUAUAUCUGCUCGGAUCUUUAACAUACACUUGGAAUUCUGAGGAUGUCUUUAUACAACUUUUGCUUUGCACAUUGUAUUUUUAUCCAACUGGAAAUUCACUCCGAGUUUCUUUGGAUCGCUAUAAAAGUUCUGACUGCCUUCAGCAAAACGUGUGAGGAACAAUUAUAAAUACAUUAAAGAUCAGUUUGGUAAAAAAUACAGUAGGCUAAGCCACGUUUUAUUUCGGGUACCGUUGUUCGGAUCCAGACGGUGGGCAGAGUUUUCACGGAGAUGUUUGCGCUUCUGUGAAACAUAAACAGGAUAGUGUCUGGUUUGAACUGUUCAAUUCGGAAACUUCAAACGGGGAAAAGCAGACGAGAAUCGCAAGACAAGAUUUGAUUCUAUAGAGAUAAUUUCUUGAAUUUUUUUCUAGAAGCGAUCUUUGGAAUUAAGCAGCCAUUAGUGAGAAGUCAUGCUAUCUGCUACUCCCUUGUAUGGAACCCUUCCAAACUGGAUGAGCAAUGAGAGAGUUCACAUUGCUGGCAUUAAUGAAGAAAGGAAAGUACCUGCAAGUGAUGGUGAACCCCAGAAAAAACAGCUGGAACUGAGAGACGGAAAUCACCUCAUACAAGGCAUGGUGGACGCUGGCGCAUCUGCUAGGAUGAAUUCACUGGUGACGCUCGGCAUGGACCGGAACGGGCUGCUGCGGGACGGGCUGCGCGUCCACGGCGGUAUGGUUUACCCCGGCAUCCAGGCGCUGUCGGCCGACAAGGCCAGGGAGGGCGCCGCGGUGGCGCUGGGUUACGACCACAUCCCCGACCUGCACUACAAGCAUGACGUUUCCCUCGAGGGCAGGAAGCCCAGCAACGGCUGGCUGUACAAGAGCCCCCCUCCGGGGCUGCCCAAGCAGCUGCUGGUGCCUGGAGGCGGGGGGGACUCCCUGGGGCUCGACCGGCGGGUGGGGCCCGCUGAGAAGCAGUCGGACCUGGGCCUGAACGGCGGCAGCGGAUACCUGCGUCUGCCGUGGGUGAGCCCUUACCCUGAGGCGGGGAUGUACCCCUACCUGGACACCAAAUACGCAGCCCUCAGCAUGUACAAGGCCUCCUUCCUGUCCCAGCCCACCCCAGCUUACCUGCCCCAGCACCUGGCCUACCAGUCCCUGUGUGCCGGGGCAGGGGGGGCCAGCGCCGAGCGCCUCUUCUACCUGCCCCCCUACCCUCCCGCCCCCAUCUCAUCCCCGCUGGCACCCCCACUGAGGAUCCCCACGGCGACCGUCGCCCCGGCUGCACUGUCCCCGCUGGUGCACUGCCCGGAGAAGGGCAUGCAGAGCCUGGGGCCCCGUAUCCACCAUGAGCACCCCGCCCCAGCGUCCGCUUUCGGACAGCAGCUGCAUCACCAGACCCACGGCGAGCGCUCCCACUGCGAACGACUCCAUGGAAAUCGUUCCCACGGUGAGCGGCCCCACGGCGAUCGUUCCCAUGGUGAGCGGCCUCAUGGCGAUCGUUCCCAUGGAGAUCGUUCCCACGGCGAGCGACCCCAUGGAGAUCGUUCCCAUUGCGAUCGCUCCCAAGGCGAACGGCAUCACAGCGAUCGUUCCCAAAGUGAACGUCCCCAUGGCGAGCGGCCCCAUGGAGAUCGUUCCCAUGGCGAGCGGCCCCAUGGAGAUCGUUCCCAUGGCGAGCGGCCCCAUGGUGAUCGUUCCCAUGGCGAGCGGUCCCAUGGCGAGCGGCCCCAUGGCGAUCACUCCCAAGGCGAGCGGUCCCAUGGCGAUCGUUCCCAUAGCGAGCGGCCCCAUGGCGAGCGGUCACACAGCAGCAGUAAGCCUGGACGCACCCCCAGCAGCAGUGGCAGCAGCGUCCCAUCAGAUUCCUCCCCUUCCCUCUUGAUGCAAUCCCCCCGCACCCCUGCCCGCCUGUCCCAGCCCACGACCUUGCCCCCCCCUCUUAUCGACAGCACUUUGGACUUCCAGAAGCCCCUCCCCAGAGUUGUUCCCCCAUCCUCAUCCUCCUCCUCCUCCCCAAUGAUGUCCCACCCUUUCUACAUGAAUACUGUGGUAGGUGUGGCCUCGGAACACAGCACACCCGCCCCAGCCCCACCCCCAGCAAUGGCAGCCAGCCACAAACCCAAGUCUAGGGAGGGAAGCUCAGAACGCAAAGGUGGUGGAAGUGGCGCUGACAGGAAGUCUAGUAAGUCUCCCUUAGAGAGAUCGCAGACAGACAAGCCCCUGGAUCUGUCUGCCAAACUUGGGGACUUUGGGGCACCACCCAAUGGUUUUCCCCAACAAUUGGAGGCCAUGGCUAAACUGCGUGGCCACUCCCCUACGGCCCGAUAUGGCCUGCCCCCCAGCAGAGAACUUCUGAAGGAAACGCUGUCCUCCUCCUCUAACUCCAACCCGUCCCCUUUGACGGUUAGCACUUCAUCCAAACCUCUGGACAGGCAGGAUAUCAUCAGCACUUUGCACUCUACCUGGGUGGUGCCCAGCCCAGGCCCCAACCAUAACCCAGCCCACAGUGUGGAGGCUAACCAGGCCCAAGCUCCCCCACCAACUGUCAUCAAAAGUAGGAAUCUGGAGCAAGUGACCCCCCAGCAACGCAGCUCAUCCUGCCCCAGGAUCGGGGAGCCUAACGGGGGCCCAUCCUCUGCUAAUCCCCCACCUACCGGGGUCAUAACCCCCACGGGACGCCCAGCCUCCGUGUCCCCUCUCCCCAACGUGAACAGCGAAUGGCCUAAGCCUGGUUCCACCCUUCCCGAAAAGGCACCUACACCCAACCAACCCUCCUCAGGCAAGCCCCAGAAACCCAGCCAAAGACCUGAGGUCCAGGAGAUUGCCUAUAAGUCCCAGCAUCCCUCUCACCUGGAGAACGGGCACAGCGCAGGCCACCUUUACCUACCCCAGAAUGAAGCCUUCUUGCCCCCAACUUUAGCUUAUGCCAACAGGUACCUGACCUAUUCGGUUCCAGAUGGCAUGACCCUUCCUCACCUGCCCCUCCCUGCAAAGGGUCCAGUGUACCCCCACCCAGUCCUGCUGGGGAGCAGCAGUCUGUACCCUGCUCACUUGGCAGCCCCAAAACACGGUCUCCCUUAUGGACUGCCCCCCGCCCACGGUGAAUUCCUCACCUACCACGAUUCGCAGAAGAUGGUGCACCCGCUGAUGUCUCCUCACCUCGCCCUUGACCCCAAUACUGGCGAGCGGCCGGAGCGGAGGCCCAGGCCGCAGGACAAGGCGCGGCGUGGGGCGGAGCCGGCUGACACACCGCAAAAGGCAGAGAGGGCGGCGCCGAAGCCUCUGCCUCCAGGCCCCAAGCUGCAGGCCAAGCACCCGCCCCAGCCUCCGCUCACCGGGAGAGACAGGGCCGCGGGCUGCAUCGUGGAGCCAGCCCGGGAGGACACGGCCCACAGAGACGCUGACAGAGCUCGUCUCCUCAGCGGCAGAAGUGAGAUCAGCGAGGGGGCGGAGCUAGAGGAGCAGGGCGUCCCGUUGCCGGCCGCCGUAGCUCGGCAACCGCACGUCUCUCCUUCGAGGCCCGUCCCCCACUCCCCGGAUCGCACGCCCCCCGACCAGACGUUGCGCUGCGCCCGCACCUCUGGCGACCGGAGCGGCGAGACGGAGGCUCAUGGCACGCGGCGCUAUUUGGAAGCUAGCAUGGAGGGUGGCAUAGCUGACCAGGAGUCCCAGGAGGAAGAGGAGGACGACGAGGACGAUGACUACGACGGCAGCAAUGGAUCUUCCAGGACGUGGAAGUCGAGUCUUGCCAAGAGGAUCGCCAACUCCUCUGGCUAUGUGGGCGACCGCUUCAAGUACGUCACCACUGAGCUGUAUGCCGAUUCCAGCAAGCUGAGUCGCGAACAGCGCGCCCUGCAGAUGGAAGGCUUAACACAAGAGGACAGUAUUAGUCAACCUGCCCCUAACCGUGAGCGGGCCAUGCUGCGCUUCUCCGAGCUGGAGCUGAAGGAGAGAGAGGGCGGCGCCGUGGCGGACGGCCAGCAGCCCAUGGAGGCCGAGUGGGAGGGCUGCCCGCACAUCGCCAGGCUGCGAGGCGUUGCCCUCGACGACGAGGCCGAGAGGGACGGUGUGCGGUCGGCCCCCAGCGGCCCCUGUGGGGGGAACAGGGUGCCCGUCCUGCAGCGCUGCGGGGUCCUGCGUGAGCACAGAGACCAGGGGAGGCCCGGCCAGGAAGAGGCGGGGCCCGGAGGGGCGGCGGCCAGGAAGCGCUCGCACGCCCAUCUGGAGGAGCGCCAGGCCGGAGAGGGAGACUGGGAAAUGGCCGUCCUCCAGGCCAAGAGGUCCCGGCUGAGCGGCGAUGUCUGGCCUGAGGGGGACUCGCCCCCCCCUCCCAAGCACCUCUUGGAGGAAGUGAAAAACCUAAAGGUGCGCAUCGAGCUGACAGGACUGAGCCUCCGCACGUCCUGCCCCCCCCUGCCAUCGCACCCCUUCCAGGACCUGUGGGUGGGCCAGGUCAAGGCCAGCCCCGCCCCUCCCGCCGGCUCCCCGGCCCCGCCCCCCAGGAAGAGGCCGGAGCCGUGCCGUGUCGGGCACCCCGAGCAAGGUCUGCCCGCACACGGAGAGGAAGUGGACACACUCGCGCUGCUGGAGAAGAGGCAGAGGCUGAAGGAGCAGCACAGGGGCGGGGUGAUAGAGGUGACCUCUCUGGAGGAGGCGGGCCCGGACGGGGACUCCGCCCCCCGGUUGCAUCGCCACGGUGACCUAGAGAAGCCGAAGGGCAAGCGUCAGUGCAAGACCAAGCACAUCAGCCUGAGGGACCGCCCCCAAACGGCCCCCAGCGCGGAGGAGAGCGCUGACCCACAGCCUGACCCAGAGCAGAAGGUCUGCUCAGAACAGGCUUCGCUCGCUGGGCCGGCGUCGCCGUCGGAUUACUACUCCCCUCCCGCCAAGCCCCUCCCCCCCUCGCCGAGCCCGGCUGCCCCCCACACCCCCCUGCAGAAGCUGACCCCGCAGCCCUCCCCUCCCCCCGCCGGGAACCCCCCCGCGGACACGCCUGUCAGCCGGCCCAUGCCCCCCGAGGCGCGGAGGCUGAUCGUCAACAAGAACGCGGGAGAGACGCUGCUGCAGAGGGCCGCGCGGCUGGGGUAUGAGGAAGUGGUGCUGUACUGUCUGGAAAACAAGGUGUGUGACGUGAAUCACCGUGACAACGCUGGAUACUGCGCUCUGCAUGAGGCCUGUGCCCGAGGCUGGCUGUCCAUCGUGCAGCACCUCAUAGAGCACGGAGCCGACAUCAACUGCAGCGCCCAGGACGGAACCAGGCCUCUUCACGACGCGGUGGAGAAUGACCACCUGGAUGUGGUGCGGCUGCUCCUCUCCUACGGAGCCGACCCCACGCUGGCCACCUACUCCGGCCGCGGCCUGCUCAAGAUGACGCACAGCGACCUGAUGGAGUCCUUCCUGACAGAUUACUUCGCUGACCUGCAGGGUCGCCCUGACGACGACCCCGGGCCGUGCUGGGACUUCUACGGCAGCUCUGUGUGUGAGCCCGCCGACGACCCGACCGCCUUCGACAUGCUGGCCAACCCCCCCGGGCCGGGCCCGGACCUCCAGGAGCAGAGGGAGGUGUUUGAGUUUGAGUUCUCCGACCGCCCUCUCCUGCCCUGCUACAACAUCCAGGUGUCCCUCUCCCAGGGGCCCCGGAACUGGCUGCUGCUGUCGGACGUGCUGAGGAGGCUGAGAAUGUCGCCGGCAGCGUUCCGAGCGGCGUUCCCGCACAUCGACGUGGUGACCGUCGCCGAGGCGGAGUUCUACAGGCAGGCCUCCCUCAGCCAGCUCUUCUCCUGCCCCGAGGAGCUGGAGGGCUUCACGCCCGACAGCAAGGAGCUCCUGGACCUGGUGGAGAUCAGCGCCGAGCUGGCCACCAGGCUGGGCUCCUCCCUGGAGUGCCUGGACAAUCACUGGGAUCCCGUUGCCGUGGAGAGGUCAUGACACCCUCCCUCCCUCUCUCUGGAGGGCAGCCCUGGACACGCACAGUCUGUACAUAGGACCAGAGGAACGCGGCUGUCAAUGGCCUAGCUCUUCCAGAGCUCAAGGAAACACAAAUGCGCAAGAUAUGUCCUGUACCAUUCAGAAGGAGACCUUUAAUUUAACAAUUCUUAUUUUUAUAAAUAUAUAAAUAUAUAUAUAUAUAACUAUAUAAUAAAUAUAAUUCUUUUUCGAUUAGUUGGUUUUAUUUUAUAUACACUGCCUUCCCUUCCCCUUACAAAAGAAAAAGUUCUGUUUUCCACUGCUAAUUUUUGGGCUGAGAAGCUGGUUUGAAUGGAGAGGCCGCGUUGAGGCUAUGAACAGUCACGUGGGACUACAGUGGGACAGGCUCUCGUAUGGUUUAUUUUAAUUUAUGCAGUGCACUUCUUUGUUGGUUUACAGACUUGCCUACCUUAGUCAGGUGAAUAAACAUGGUUUGAACGCUAGUUAUUUUUGAAUAUGGAGUUUGUAUUCGUAGGAAACACGUCCUUCUGUGUCAUUUCUCCAUAUACGGCUCCUCCUUCAGGAGCACUUAUGUGUUCAAACUUGCUUUUUUUUCUCCUUUUAUCUUUUAUUUAAGAUAAGAAUUUAAGAUAUUUUCAUGUGUCUUUUGUAAAGUAAUAAAGAAGUUUUAAUGAUAAAAUGAUAUAAGCUGUUUAACAGGAAACGUGCUUGAACUUGUAAAUAGCGGGGUGUCGAUUACAGUACUGUCUGACUGGUGUGUUUAUUGUUUUUGGAGACGUGUUUAAACUUUGUAAUUAAAAAUGCCCCAUUUGUAUUUAUAUUUUACAAAAAAAAGUUCCUUUAAAAUAAAUGGCAAUAAAAAGAGAAUCUCCAACACCUACA